GAAUCAUCGUCAUAAAGCACAACAACGACGUAGUCUGUUGGAUGCUGCAAGGGAUGAUUGAGCUCAUAACGGUGGUACCUUUAGAAGUAGACUUCACAAUGAGCACGGAAGCAUGAGACCAGUUAUCAGAAUUCCAGCGCUGCUUACAAUUGUAUUGGCAUUGUUAUCAUGCUCUGAAAGCUCCGCUUUUGUCCAAAGAGGAUCGUCGUCAUGUCAGAAACUACAAAUCUCAAGACCUCAUGGAAGCUUCAUAUCUCCGCCUUUUGCCACGUCGAACAAUGAUGAUCAAGAGGAUGACCCCACACUACCGCCCAUCUCCUUAUUCAACGACAAUGACUCUGUCAUUCCGUGGGAAUCCAUUGCCAUGAUUGGGCUACCCUUUGUGAGUGCUAUCUUUCCCUUUUUACUGCAGGAAGCCCGGUCGUUACCGCCCAACUCGGCCGAACAACUACAGGUGGUGACCGCCUUGUUCGUCUCCAACCGAGCCUAUCUCUAUGCCAAUGCCGCCGUCAUUGUAGCGCUGGCAGCCAUGCGAGGUUCCACAUUUGACAGUCUCAAGUUGGGACAGAGGAUCACAGAUUUGACCGAAGAGUUGUUGUACCGACCCGAUUUGACAUUGACAGCAGUCCAAAAAGACAAGAAUUUAAUGGAAGAUCCCUCAUUACAGCAAGAAGAACCAGCAACGAAAAAGCCAGAAUUGAUUCAGUCACUGGCAAGCAGUGGGAUACAGGAAUCACUGGAUCAAGUUUCUACAGAUCGACAAGCGCUCCUCUUGCCCAUUCUCGUGUCGGGUCUACUGGCGGUGUCUGUAUUCUUGGUACCUUUUUGGAACCUCACACCGCCAACAACAGCUUUAGAAGCUGCAGCAGACGACAAUGCCCUGGCCGACUUGCUGAAAAGCACCUUGCCGUACGUGACGCAGGUCUGGAAUGCGGGCAUCUUGACACUCUUUACCAAAGCCGAACUACGACGGCUUCAAAAUGAAUUAUUAAAUGCAUUGCCAUCAUCAUCCUCGGCUGCCGCCUUGGAAUGGGGAUUGGCCGCGGGGAUUACCGGCGUCGCCUUCUUUUCACCCCUUUGGCCGGCGCAAAAUUUUGUCAACAUGGCCAUUGCCAUUGCCGUAGCACGAGCCAUUCAACUCGACAAGUUUGUCGCCGUGGUAGGAGCCCUCGGUCUCUUGACACUCUACGAUGCCUCAUCCGUCUUUUUGAUUCCCUCGGCGGGUGCUUUGGAUACUGAUUCUAUAAUUGCUGCGGCUUCUACAAGUACCAAUGUACUGGCGGGUAGUGGAAUUGGCGACUCGGCCAUGGGAUCCGUGGCACUGCAAAAGUUAACAUCUGGUACCUUUCAACCUGGAAUGCUGGUGACCAAAAUCGAUGAUCGAUUUCUCGGCGGAUCACUGGGGCUGGGAGAUGCCGUCUUUCCAUCCUUGCUGGCAACCCUGGUCCGACGAUUUGAUAAUGAUCAGCAAACAAGCGACAAUUCAAAAAGACUAUCACUCUCUGCCGUCUCCUUGGUCGGCUUUUUGCUGGGAUGCACAGCGUGUGAAUUUGUCCCAUCGGCAACCGGGUUACCAGCUCUGGUAUUUAUCAUUCCCAUCAUGUUGGGCUCGGUCCUGACCGCUGCUUUCGCAAACGGAGAAGUGGAUGCGCUGUGGAACUACGAACCAAGUGCAGUAGUGGAGACAGAGGGAUCCUAGAAUGAGAGAGACAGGGUGCUAAAGUGCGACUCCUAGCUAGAGAUAUAGCUACAGAACGCCACAAAAGGUGUAGGAUUUGCAAGGAACAACUUGUCUACCGUAUUUGGUCAUGCUAAAGCAAACUACUCAAAGAACUGCCACGUUAACGGUGAACCGUCAAGAAAUAAAUGAAACAAGGUGGAUGCUGGUAGCCCAUACAACGACAAUAGCCGGCUGAUUCGGGAAAGUUGGCGCAUGGAUCGCAGCGCAUGACAGCGUCAAACGCCAUGUCUCAGACAUCGUUCGUGCUCUCUGCCGACACCAAAAAAUCAACUGGCAUAACUUCUGCAUCGAUCGAAGGCUUUCACGUCGAUUGAAAAGGAUAGCAUGCAGAUAAAGUGCUUCAGUCGUCCCAUAGCGCCCAAGUAGGAGCGCGUAUCGCAAAAGUCUGUGUUAGAUGUUUUGCGUCACGAACAGCGCUCCAAUGCGCUGGAAUAGCAACACACCCUCUACAACCAGGUGCAUCAGGGAAAGUAGGAUUGACCGUCGUCUGCUGUCGUUUCGAGCGCACCGUUGCCGCCAGCAUCGUGCCACCGAAGAACUACACCGUUUAGCCUUGCCAGAAGCCAAGCAAUUGGAACGGCGUUGUAAUCCGAGAAAAUAUCCCAGGGAACACCAGCGCCGCAGUUGCGCCUUUUCCUCCACAAUAGACCACGGACACUGGAAGAGUGUUUGCCAUAAGCAAAAUUUUUGAAAGGGCGUGGCAAUGAUGCCCUCUUGCUUUGCCCUUUGGUUGGUCUGCGUAGCUACGAUUUGAGGAAGCUCACAGGCCUGCCUGCAUUUAUUUGUGCUCCGAGUCCUGCUAGCUGUCCUGCUUCAGUUCCAAAGAGAAGAAUAUUUUUCAUACUUUUUGCUUUUCAAAUCCACCAGGAAGAACCUCUUGACAGCCUGUAACGCCGCACUUGACAAAUCUUUUGACAGUGCACGGACUCCCCUGACAUUCGGCAGUAAACACAUGACUCCCAUACCUCCAUGUGUUUGCCAGUGCUGAUUGAGAGGAGUAGCCUUUGUCAAAGCGGCAUCCCAGUCGUUAUGUGCACGUUGCAGUGUCUCAAAGGCACUGGGAUUGUAUGGCUUCAAAAUCCAAGAAAGCAACCAAUUUGGCUGUUUGGGUGCAUCAGCUACUUUAGGGAGAAAGUCUUCCUCCGUCCAGAUGCCCCCAUCAGUAUACCAAAUUGGGUUCAAAGGCUGAUCAGCCAACUUGCUAGAACUGGCCCAAUCCUCUUCUUUGGUGAAGUAUCCUCCAUUGGACCACAAGGGUAUCCCAGCAUCAUCAAAGUGAACAAUUCGACCACAAAGGGCAAAGCGAUGAUCCUCGUGUGCACGCUGUAGUUCCCUUGUCAUUUUGGGUUCUUCAUCUUUUGGGUACAGAGCAACAUCCGUUCCACCGAAGUUAGUCAUAACACUCCCAUAGGUGCCAGGGAAGUACUUGGCAAAGGAGUAUGGUUCAGAAACUGUCUCUAAUCCAAUCCAGUACAUUUCCUUGUCCCCAUAGAUAUAAUAGGCUUGCGCAUAUUGUCGAACAUCGUUGCGUCCCAUAAGCAGGCAAAUUGCCCAGACUCCCAGCAUUCGUUGAC